CUUUAGGCAAACGAAAAGGACUCUCCCUGAGACAGACUUGAGACUUUAAUUUUUCUUCUUCCGCUCUCUCCGCAUCGUUUAACGCUUACGAAGUUGAAGUUGAAGCAGUAGAAGACGACGACGACGACGACGACUUGCUCCUUUUAGAUUCCUUGAUUUGAGAUUCAUCUCCCUCUUCUAUUGCAAUCAAUCUAUCCUCGAAUUUCUGCUCGAGAAAUUAUCUGGCAAAUUUGAAGAUCUUGUGCGUCACAAAACUCAUAAACGCUCCGAUUAGUAAAAAACGCAUGGCGGAAAGUGUUAAGGAGCGUGGAGAUGGAAGUGCCGAAUUGGUAAAAUCCAUGGAUGAUAAGCAUCCCAGUCUCAUGAGACCAGCUGCUAGAUAUUACUCUGCAAUUAAAGAUGCUAUGGUUUUUGGGAAAGGAAGAUAUACGCUUGUUAAAGACGUGGAUGAUGUGGAAAAUGGAGCGUAUGACAAACCUCUUCCAUGCUUUGGUUGCGGAAUCGGAUGGUUCUCCUUUCUCCUUGGUUUUAUGUUCCCUUUCUUGUGGUACUAUGCGACAUUUCUCUAUUUCGGAAACUACUACCGCAAGGAUCCUAGAGAAAGAGCCGGCCUUGCUGCUUCCGCAAUCACUGCGAUGGGAUUCUCGCUCUUGCUACUGGUGAUUAUAGUUUUCAGGUGGUUUUAAUGGGUUCUCACGUAUACACCAUAUAUACAUGUAUAAUCAUGAACCUGUUCUUGUCAAAGGAUUAAGGAAGAGGGACUUAGAUAUUUGACUGUACAUUCAAUAUAAACCCGAAAUACAGAUACUAUCUAAAGCUCUGUAUCAUAUAUACUUCUCACAAUCGUACAAAGUAACAGAAAAUAAAAAGAAUUGAAUAAA